AUGGAUGUGAAAACAGCCUUUCUCAAUGGAGAUUUGAGUGAAGAAAUUUUCAUGUUACAACCUGAGGGUUUUAUAGAAGAAGGCAGUGAACAUUUGGUAUGUAAAUUGAAGAAAUCAAUUUAUGGUUUGAAGCAAGCCUCUAGACAAUGGUAUCUCAAGUUUGACAAGAUCAUUACUUCAAAUGGUUUUGUCGAAAACAGAUUAGAUGAGUGCAUAUACUUAAAAUUCAGUGGGAGUAAAUUCAUUUUUCUAGUUCUUUAUGUAGAUGACAUCUUGCUUGUUAGUAGUGAUGAAAGUCUUUUACAUGAUACUAAGAAUUUUCUUUCCAUGAAUUUUGAGAUGAAUGACCUUGGAAAAGCAUCAUAUGUAUUAGGAAUCGAAAUUCACAGAGAUAGAGAAAAGGGACUGCUAGGUUUGUCGCAAAAGGCAUAUAUUGAGAAGGUGUUGAAGAAAUUUAACAUGCUUCAAAGUAAUGGAGCUGAGGUUCCUGUUUCAAAGGGAGACAAACUAAGCAAAGAAGACUGUCCAAAGAAUGAUGUAGAAAGGGCAGAAAUGAAGGACAAACCAUAUGCUUCGGUAGUAGACAGUAUCAUGUAUGCACAGGUGUGCACACGACCUGAUCUAGCAUUUUCCAUUAGUGUAUUAGGCAGGUAUCAAUCUGAUCUGGGCAUUGCACAUUGGAAGGCUGCAAAGAAAGUGUUGAGAUAUAUGCAAAGAACAAAAGGACAUAUGUUAGUUUACAAAAGAACAGAUAGCUUGGAGUUGGUUGGUUACACAGAUUCAGAUUUUGCAGGAUGCAAAGAUACUUCCCAAUCGACUUCCAGUUUUGUGUUCAUGAUGGGAGGAGGUGCAGUUGCUUGGAAGAGUGCAAAACAACCAUCUAUAGCUACAUCUACCAUGUUUGCUGAGUACUUGGCGUGUUAUGAAGCUACUUCACAUGCCAUGUGGUUGAAGAAUUUCAUACAAGACCUAAAAGUAGUUGAUUCUAUAGAGAAGCCUAUUCAGCUGUUUUGUGACGAUAAAGGAGCAGUGUUCUUUUGCAAGAGCAAUAAAAGGUCUGCUGGACUCAAGCAUAUGAAAGUGAAGCAUUUGCUAGUAAGAGAAAAGGUUCGAGAGGGCUUAACGACUGUUGAUUAUAUCAACACUACAGAAAUGAUAGCAGAUCCCUUAAAUAAAGCAAUUCCAAACAAUGCUUUUCAUAGGCAUGUGACCAAUAUGGGGUUAUUGUCCAGUUUCGAAGAUUCUUUGGUCUAG